AUCUUAAUGAUCUUUACCAGUAAUAGUGAAAUUAUGCCGGCUAGUGGAGGAUUUUCCUUGUCUGUUUGUGCAGGGCUGUGUGCAGCACUGGCCUCAGUGAACUCCAAGCUAGCCCUGGACCAGAAUGGAACUACAAUAAAACUUGCUGUCCCUUGCAACUGGCUCUCAAAGCAAAACUGCUUCUUUAUGGUGAUAGUGCUGAGAUGUGUGUGUGUCAUAUUAAUGCUCGUGUUCAAUGCUGCCAUGUGGGCACUGUUUGUGAGAGCUCUCAAUCGAUGUAGCUCAACUGUGGAAGCUGCUGCUGUCAAUAGUGUCUCUAAUUUCUUCUUUACGGCUGUGUUUGGGAAGCUACUGUUUGGUGAAGUAUUGGCCCUCCUCUGGUGGUUGGGAGCAUCUGUGAUACUGUUUGGACUUGUCAUGAUCAAUUAUGGAAGCUCAGAUCAAGUUACACAACAAACGGACAAGAAAGAUAGAUAGAUAGAUAAAACUCUUUUCCCCCUUCAAAUCAUCAUUGUAACAUGGUCAA